AUGAUUUGGAGAGAAUAUCGUGACUACUCAUAUCUGCGUGGUCGCGCGCCAAGUAUACUGUACUGUGCUGCUGUUCAAGGUUCACAACACCUUGCGGAGCUAAUGCUGUCAGCUGGGGCAGAUGUGAAUGCCCAAAGUGGCUACUUCGGCAACGCGCUGCAGGCAGCAUUGUAUACUGAACACAGCAGCAUUGCACGGUUGCUAAUAGAGAAUGGAGCCGAUGUGAAUGCUCAAGGAGGGAGGUACGGUAACGCUCUCCAAGCGGCGUCAUAUCGCGGCGAUGAAGGCACUAUCCAGCUCCUGCUCAGCAAGGGUGCUACCGUGGAUGAGCAGGGCGGCUGUUACCAAACAGGAUUACAGGCUGCUGCUGCUGCUGGGCAUGAAGGUGUUGUACAGCUCCUCCUGCAAAAAGGUGCCAAUGUCAAUACCAAAGGCGGCAAGUAUGGUAGCGCUCUACAGGCUGCAUCA